AUGGCGGCCAGUCGAGCUAGCAUCAAGCGAGCGGUGCUGGCUGCCCGACUGUUGAGAAAAACAGAAGAAUCAGCGGCGGACGCCAGGGAUUCUUCGGAAGAUUCCAAGCCGGCCGGAGCCGCUGAAGGAUUCCGGGGAGGGUCUGUCGCCUCCAAGAUUCGGAUUCAGAAGCAGCUGACUUCACGAAGUGGCUCAGGUGGACUCUCACCGUCGAAAUCUCGAAGCUUCGAGGAGGAGACUGAAGCUCCAGACCCUGGCCCUGGCCAUCCAGGCUUGGCAGGCAGCCGUGUAGGCCAAGACACUGGCGGGCAUCUUCGCUUGGAAGAUCUGGACGAUGCUGCGCACAGGAACAAGUCGCAGGAAGCUCACGCAGCACCUGUUUUCGGCGGGCUGGCUGCGCUGAAGGUGAAGCAUCGGCUUCAGGCCCUUCACCAGGAGGCGAAGAAGAAGCAACCCACGCUGCCAAGCAUUGGUCCUGCGAAUUUCUCCGUCACCAAUGCCACUGCAGCUGACAAGAUUUCCGAAGUUCCGGUGGCCGCCCCGAGCCAAAAUCAAGCUGCCAAUAGCAUGGCGGCUUUGGUGUCUGCUGCGAGGACCACUCUUCCAAAGUUUGCUGGAGCAACAGAGGAGGAGGCAGAGAUCAAAUCUCUUCUGGGGGAGGUGGACAAGGACUUACUCGACGCCCUGAAGGAGGUGAGCCGCUCUCUCACUUGGUUGUUCAACGAUUCGGACACAGACUUCGACAACCAACUCACUUACAAGCAGCUCAAGGCUGGCAUUCAACUCAGUCCUGUGUUACCGAGUUUCGUCAGCUUGCGAAAACUCACCGCAGCACUUGGAUCAUCUCGGAGCCGAAUACUCGACAACACUAGAGCAAGAGAUCCCGCGGCGGGACAGACCUCAUGUUACAAAGUCGCGUGCGGUAAUUUUCACUACCUACGUGCCCAACUUGCCACUCGCUUAUGGGCUGCGACAGAAUCUUCGAGCAGGUGCUUACUUGCGAAGUCAAGCCUCUCCUGCAAACAUAUGCUUCGCGACUGUUUCCCGUGUCAGACCCUGCUCUGGUCCUCAGAUUGCCGAGUGCUUUUUGCGAAAAGUUGA